GAGUCAUUCAUUGGAUUGUGAUUUAGGUCCAAAGAGGUAUUGGGAGAGCGAGAGACGAGAAUAAACGAUUUCAUUUUAGGCUCUGAGUCAGCUGCGCCGCGAAUCGUGAUGGAGAACUCACGCCGUCGGUCUCUUCUCCCAAGCUUCCUCUACUCACCAACAUCUUCCUUCACUCCCAAAACCCUUUCUGUCCCUGAAAACCCCAAUGUUGCCAACAAGAGCUUCCUCAUCCCCGCACCUAGCGAGCCUGGCAAGAUCGAGAUGUACUCUCCUCAGUUCUAUGCUGCCUGCACCUUUGGUGGUAUCCUCAGUUGUGGACUCACUCACAUGGCUGUCACUCCUCUUGAUCUCGUCAAAUGUAACAUGCAGAUUGACCCAGCUAAAUACAAGAGCAUAUCAUCUGGAUUUGGGGUGCUGCUUAAGGAGCAAGGUGCCAGGGGAUUCUUCAGGGGAUGGGUUCCAACCCUUUUAGGUUACAGUGCUCAGGGUGCAUGCAAGUUCGGAUUCUAUGAGUUCUUCAAGAAGUACUACUCUGACCUUGCCGGAGCAGAAAAUGCUGUAAAGUACAAGACUCUGAUAUACCUUGCUGGUUCUGCAUCUGCUGAAGUGAUUGCAGAUAUUGCUCUUUGCCCAUUUGAAGCUGUAAAGGUUCGUGUUCAGACACAGCCUGGUUUUGCUAGGGGAUUGUCAGAUGGAAUGCCGAAAUUUGUUAGAGCUGAAGGCACCAUGGGCCUGUACAAAGGUUUGGUUCCUCUUUGGGGGCGUCAAAUUCCAUAUACUAUGAUGAAGUUUGCGUCCUUUGAGACUAUUGUGGAGUUGAUCUACAAGCAUGCAGUCCCAAAGCCUAAAAAUGAGUGCAGCAAACCUAUGCAACUUGGUAUUAGCUUUGCUGGUGGAUAUAUAGCUGGUGUCUUCUGUGCUAUUGUAUCCCAUCCUGCAGACAAUCUUGUCUCAUUCCUCAAUAAUGCCAAGGGUGCAACUGUUGGUGAUGCCGUGAAGAAGAUGGGAGUAUUGGGUCUCUUUACCCGUGGGCUCCCUCUACGUAUUGUCAUGAUUGGAACUCUUACUGGUGCUCAAUGGGGAAUCUAUGAUGCUUUCAAGGUUUUUGUUGGGCUGCCAACAACUGGUGGAGCUCCUCCUGUAGCACCUGCUGACUCCGAAGUUGCAAAGGUGUAGGAUUGAGUACAAACUAAUUCUUUGCCAAGCCUAGAAGUAGUAGUAAGAGAAGACUUCUCCAGAUGAAACAAUAAACAUAGAUUGCCCAUGUUUCUUUAGUGCUCUUUCAUAGUAAGCUGGAGAGUAUUCUUACACAACAAUCUUUAAUUUUAUAUUUCUCUGAUUUUGAGAUUUUGGAGAGGGGAAGUCCCCCUAAAACUUAAGCAUUGCGGAUGUUUUUUUUUUUGCUUAGAAUAGAUACAAAAUCAAUUUGAUGCUCAGUGUUUCCCUUUUGAACAUGGGAAUAACAAGCAUAUUUGGGGCUAUAUAUUUGCUUUGUUCAUUUUCA